AGGAGCCUCAUUAAUACUUGUAUUAGAUGAAUUGCAUAUGAAAAUCUUAAACUAAUUUUUUAUUUAUAGAUGUUUGCAUCUCCAUUGCCUAAAUUUCGAGGUUCUUCCUCUCAUCUCGACCUAUUUUAUAUUUUUGUACUAUUUUAGGUACAUUGCCAUUAACAUAAACAAUCAUCAGUUCCUCACAUUACCGAUAUGGAUAGCUGCUUGAUCAUGCAGAGUUGCAUUGUCCAGCAACAUCAUCGUCGUAAUCUUUAUCUCUCGUAUCGCUAUGUUGUGUGGGGUUGCUGUUUCUUCCCUUGGGAGUCUGGUCCAGGCGUCUCACUCUCUAAACAACUCUCCAAUCCUGCUCCAAUCCAUAUCACGCCUCUCGCUCACUGCCCUACCAAGAGAUGCGUAAGACUUCCUCGAGGCACCCUCCACAUGGGUCUCGAAUCAGCAAUAUUAAAGUGAUAUUCCAGCCGUUUAU